GGUCGGGUAAGAGCAUAUACGUUUUCGUACUUUUUCAAGUUCUUCGUUACUUAAGAUGUCUCAUGAUUUUUCAAGUUUACUGCCUAAGAAGCAGAUUAAUGCGGAUCUCUUUCUGAACGACCAUAGAAAAUGGGAUGGAUCUCUAACUAAGAUUGCAGUGUGGGAUACAGGUAUUGAUCCAACUGCUGCUGGCCUACAGGUUAGAAACCUUAUUACUUAAAAAUAUUACACCGGAUGGAAGACCGAAAAUUGUGGAUAUGAUCGAUGCUUCAGGUUCUGGUGAUGUGAAAAUGAAGUGUAAACGAUACAUAGACGGAGAAAAUCGUAUUAUUGAAACACUGACGGGGCGUAAAGUGAAGAUACCAAGUCAUUGGAAUCCAUCGGAUAAUACAAUAAGAGUUGGCGUGAAACUUGCCUCAGAACUCUUUCCCAAACCUUUAAUGCAAAGACUACGUAAUGAAAAUCGAGAUAAUUUCUGGCGGCCAAGCAUUAAACGUUUAAUGGCUAACUUAGCUUGUGAUAUGGAUGAAGCUGAAGAGUAUAUAAGUGAGAUAACACAAAAUUAUAAAUAUAUGUCAAACUUAAGCACAGAUGAAGAUAAUCUUAGGGAAACUAUUCAAACUAAUAUAAAUAAAACGUUAAAUGACCAGGAAAACUCUCGCAUGGAACAAAAGAUUGAGACUUUUUCAUCUCAAACAAAGUCUAAUCUUUCUAAACAGUUAAAAGAUAAAAAUUCAUCAAAGCGUCAUCUAGACAAGUCUGGUUUAACACCAUCUGCUGCAAAGGUUCAACUGAAAGCGGCUGCUCGAAGUCUAGAGGAUAGUUUAUUCCUUCUGGAUCAGCAUUAUUCACCAAUGGAGAUUGUUUAUGAUUGUUUUGUUUUUCAUAAUGGCAAUGAAUGGGUUGCAUGCGUAGAUACAAGCCCAUAUGAUCCAAACAAAACAUUAUCUGAUCUGCCGUUAUUAAGAGAUUAUACAGUUAAUCGUGAAUAUGCAUCAUUUGGUGAACAAACCCAACUUUACUAUACUGUGAAGGUUUUUGACAAUGGUAAAUUAUUACAGAUUGUCACAAACAACAGUAGUCAUGGAACUCAUGUUGCUGCAAUAGCUGCAGCUUAUUUUCCUAACGAUGUUACUUCAAGUUCCGCUAACGCUUCUGGAACCAAAUCCAAUUAUAAUACAUAUGACCGGAAUGGAGUUGCUCCAGGUGCACAAAUUGUAAGCAUCAAGAUUUCAGAUGGUCGAUUAGGUACAAUGGAAACAGGCAUCAGUCUACCGCGUGCUAUUAAAUGGACAGUUGAAUUGAAGUGUGAUAUUGUCAAUUAUAGUUUUGGUGAACAGGUGAUUUGGCCAAAUGUAGGACGAAUCUCUAAAUACUUGAACAGAAUGAUUCACAAAUAUGGUAUAAUCAUGGUUGCAAGCGGUGGAAACAAUGGUCCAAGUUUAGGAUCACUUAGUUGCCCAGGUGGUACAGUUCAAGGUGUAAUCGGUGUUGCACCUUUAGUGUUUCCUGAUAUGAUGCGUAAUCUAUACUGUCAACCAGAUGAUUCUUCUUUACACCAUCAGUCUCUGCUUGAAGAUUCUUUCAACAUUGAUAAUGAGACGAAAUGUCGAAAUGACAGGGUGGAUUCAGUUUCCAGAAAUGUCAGUACCACUUCACCGACAAGGAAAAAUGCUCAUCCAACUAACUAUAAUUGGGGAAGUCGAGGUCCAGCAUUUGAUGGUGCCUUCGGCUUGUGUGUUGCUGCUCCAGGUGGUGCAAAUACCUCGAUCGCUAGUUGGCAAUUAAAGCCAACUGGUCUACUGAGUGGUAGUUCAAUGAGUGCACCUAUGGUUACUGGAGGGAUCAGUCUCAUACUGUCUGGUUUACGCCAUUGUUACAAUUGUACUAAUGAUAAUGGUCUACUGAAAAUCCCACCAUCGCUUAUCUAUUUAAGCUUAAUGAAUACUUCUAAGCGAAUUGAACAUUUAUCAUAUCUGGAUCAAGGUUAUGGUCUAAUGCAGAUUGACACAGCAUUUCAAUAUUUAAAUCACAUACUCUACACAUUGUAUAAACGUAAUGAUUACAGAAUAAUCGGGAAUAUUGAAAAUGAUACUCAUGUUGAUUCCCAUGAUGAUGUUGAUAAUCGUGCUCAUAGCAGUUGUGUCGACGGUGGUGUCAGUUAUGAUUCAUUGUAUAAUGUUCAACCUUCAUCAUCAUUGAACUCUAGAGAUUCACUGUGUCAGUCGUUGGGUAUUCCAGAUCCGUGUAUGACCUAUGGUUGGCAUAUCAGACUAACUGUGUCUGGACCUGGAUGUACACCACAAAAUCGUGGUAUUUGGUUAAGACGCGGUUGGUUAUUAAGUCCACGAGCAGUGACUAACACAACAUCAUUGCCUUUACUACGUUACACACUGAAUAUGUGCAUUGAAUUUGAUGAGUAUGUACCCAUAAAUGUUAGACGAAGUUUAGAGUUACAUUUAACUACUGAACUGUUGUCUGAAUUCAAUGGUCUUACAAAUUCUAAUAAUUGGUUACAAAUAGCAUCAAUUAUUACUGUGACAAAUACAUCUAGAGAUAUUCACUUUGUUAUCGAUCCAAUUCGAUGUUCUGAACUGUUAAAUGCUUUAUCAAAAGAUGAUAAGAUGAAAGUAACAACAAUAACACAAUUGUUAAAUGAACAAAAUACACCUUGUAAUCGACAACAUCUAUAUGAAUCAUCAUUGUUACAAGAAGGUGGAUUACAACCACAACUACCUCCAUCAUCAUCAUCAUCAUCAUCAUCUGUGAUACAACAAGAACAACAUCGAAGUCAAUUGUCAGAUUUCUGUUGGCCAUCGAAUUUAGCAACACCUAAAGUUGGUCAUUACGGGAAUAAUAAUAAUAAUAAUAAUAAUAAUAGUGAUAAUCUACCAAUAAAAUCACAGAAACCAUAUGUUAUGAUGAUUGGAUUUAGGGCUACUGAUUAUCCUGAGAUGGGUAUUUUAGCCUGUCUACCAAUUAUUGUACAUAUUCCACAUAGAUUGAACAGAAGUCGUGAUUUGGAUCAGCCGCAUUUCUUGUUUUCAGAUAGAUUUGAUGCCAAAAAUAAAGUGAGACGAUGGUUUAUUGAAGUACCUUAUGGAGCUACAGCUGGAAUCUUACGUUUAGCACGUUUGGACAAUGAUGGUGAUAAAUGUUGUGAAUUUACCAUCACUAUCAAUUCAUCAUGGAUUGGUAUGAGUUCAGAAAAACAAGAAAUUAGAUGGUCAUCUAUUGAAUUGAAUAAAUGUGGUCAGUCAAAAUCAGGCUUAAAACGUAACUAUAAAACUUUACCAGCUUAUAACUCAGAUGAUUUCGACUGUGCAUCACAAUUUGCCUUUCCAAUUCAAUGGGAAACUGACUAUCUAGAAUUGACGAUAGCUCAGAAUUGGGGCUUAGAAUUACCAGCUAUUGUUGUUGGUGAAUUAUAUUUUCGUGGACUUGAACCGAGUUCAAGGUGUAUUGUAUUAAAUACAAGUGAUCGUUAUUGUCGUAUUGGUCUACGUUCAAAUUUUGCUAAUGAAGCUAUACAGCCAGAUAUUUGGCUAACUCAUUGGUGUCUACCUGUCAAACCAUACGAUUCAAAAAUAUUUUAUUUAGGCCACGGAACAAAUGAACUCUUUGUUGAUGAGCACAGUUCGUAUGCUCUUCGAUUAAUGUAUCAAUUCACUUGCCCAUUCAAGAUAGUUACAGCAGUCAUCUGUCUACCUUGGUUGCAAGAUAUGCUUUAUUCCAGUGACUAUUUGAUUCAUAUAUUUCAUGUCUAUGAUAAUCGUGGACGGUUUAUUGGUGCUGGGAAUACGAUGGCCGUCGAGAAGAACGUCCAAAAUUUACUUUCAAUUUGCAAAAAGGCGACUACAAAGUUAUUGCACAAAUUUGUCAUGAAACUGGUCCAUUACUGA